AUGAAAGAGAACCUCUCUCUUGAAACGGCGCUCUCUCUCUUCUCUCUUGUCUCUUCUCUCUCGCCUAGAACCUCAACCUCACUAUCUCACUUCCCUCUCGCCGUCGCCUUCUCGUUCUCGCCGUCACCGCUGUUUCGUUCUCGCCGUUGCCGCCGUGUCGCGUUCUCGCCCAUCUCUCCCUCUUCUCUCGCUAUCUUUCAUCGAUGCCUCCGCUUCACCUCUGCGUUUGGUACAUCCCGUCCGACCUGUCUCCACCUGAUCUACAGAACUCCCCACCUUCUGGGGCUUCUCCGGAGAACAGAUUUUUUAGUCUUCGUCGGUGGACAUUUAUACCGUCGAGAUAUUUCUCGGCCUCGUCCAACUUAUCGUCCAGUCUCUAGCCGCCGUCGUUUGCAUGCGCCAAAGAAGCUUCAGAGGAAGGAGGUCCGAGCAGAGAUUGAAGCGGAGGAGAAAUGGUGGGGGAGGUUUCAUGAAACAAUUCCGCUUUGUACUCUGGAGGAAGAAAUUGGUUCGUCUUGCUUAAGCUCGAAAUUGGUUCGGCUCACGGCUUGUGUUUCUUCCCAGGUAUCUUUACUUGAGAGGCUGCAUCACCGAAAUAUUGUGAACAUGGUAGGAUAUUGUGUUGAUAAAAGUCACAAGAUGUUGAUCUACUUGUUCAUGAGUAAUGGAAGUUUGGAGAAUCUUUUGAAUGACGGUGAAGUUGGAAUCUCGUUCUUGGAAAUGUAG